AAAUACUAUGACGUGACGAAGCCAACUAUAUCAAUAGAGCUAGACUACACCCCGUAUGCCUUGCUGUGAUCAAACUGAUCGAUUAAAACGGAAUGUGAGGAGAUAGAGUCUUCUACAAACCCAACCAUGGCUGAAGCAAUAAAGACUGUCACCUCCCAGAGUACAGAGUGUCCAGUGUGUCUUUCUACAUUCACCGAUCCCAGGAUCCUUUCUUGUUCUCACACUUUCUGCAAGACUUGCCUGGACAACCUUUUAGAGUGUCACGGUAACUGCCAGAUCCGAUGCCCUGUCUGCAGAGCUGUAACGCAGGUCCCAAACCAAGAUUUCGGCAAACUACAUGUAAAUCUUGCUUUGAAGAAUCUAAUAGAGGAUAUGAAGGGUCAUCAUCAGAUUUGCACGAAUUGUAAAUCUGAUAACAAGCCCCAUGCUGUUGUCUACUGCCAAGACUGUGGCAGGUAUCUCUGCACCUCUUGUCUUAAUAAGCACUCUCAGUGGGAAGGCUUUAUCGAUCAUGAAGUCAUUGUUAUGAGUGAGAUUUCGUCAGGAAAGGUGUCUGUACGUAGAUACCACAAAUGCAGGAAACACCCCCAAAAAGAUGAGGAUUACUUCUGUUCCACAUGCAGGAGAUUCACAUGCUUCAGAUGCAGUGAGAUGGAACACAAAGACAAGAGACACCAUGUCGUCGAUGGAGCUGCUUAUAAGGACAAACACAUGCAGAGUAUCGAAGACCUGAAAUCAAAGGUGGACAAGAAACAAUCAUGCUUUCAGAAGUACAUUGAUUUUAUAGAUGUACAGAGGAAGAAUGUUAACAAUGCCAAGAAACAGUGUACAAGGGACAUCAACAAAGCAUACGAUGAAGCAGUCCGGCAGUUAACAGAAAAGAGAGAAAGCCUACUAAGAGAAGUCAAGGAAACGACUGAAGGAGUAGAGAAAGAACUGAAAACCAUGAUGACCAUGGCCCAGAAGCACGCCAAUCAGUUGACGACCGUUGCUGAGAUGGUAACCAAUACAACAAAUAUACCAUUAGAUACGGAUACUUUGGCUGCACACGACACUCUAUGUGAAGAGUUACGGGAGAUCUUUGAUCAAAAGGAUCCUGACUACGAGCAGUCGAGGAAAUUAAGCAAGAAGGGGCAAAGUGUCAGUUUUGUGAGAAACGUUGGAAAGGCUGAGCUAAGUUUUGGUAAGAUUGUUAAUUUAGUUGAAAAGAACGUCGUUUUGCCUACUAAUAAUAAUGCUUAUGUAAAAAAUAUUGCUUUGCCAGCUAAGAAUAUCAUGAAUGCCAUGGCUAGUACACCAGAUGGUAGGAUGGCAGUAGGAUAUCACUCAGGUGGCAUCUCCAUCUUCUCUCCUGAUGGUAAGCUUCAGCAGACAGUUCUGAAGGAUGUUGGAAUUGUUGGUGUAGGGUUCCUUUCUGAUGGUCGAUGCGUUGUGACUGAUUCUUCAAACAACAUCACACUGUACACACCAGAGUACACAAAAUUGAAUGUAAUGUUUAAGACUCUAAGUCGAGAUGAAGGUAGAUAUUCUGAUCUCACUGUUGGUGAUUAUGAUCUGAUCUAUGUGAGCUACAGGAAAGCCAUGAAGAUCCCGGUAUUUUUAACAGCAGGUGGGCAAGCAGUCAGGGAGAUACAAUGCAAGGGGUAUGAACCUUGGCAGAUCACUAGUUACCGUGGUUCUCUGAUCACUUCAUCAUUGCGUAUUAUCAGAUUGAUAGACAAAGACGGUGUUGUACAACAUGAAUUAAAGAAACCUGGUAGCCUCCUUUAUGCCGCUGUAUCUCAAAGGAAUACAAUCCUGAUAGCCAAGGUGGUGCAUGGUGAAGGUUUGGUGAGCAUUGACGAGUAUACGAAUGAACUAAGACACAUUCGAAACCUUGUAAAUGAUUACAAAAUUGAGAAGCCUGAGAGAGAUUGGUAUUAUCUCCAGCAGUACCGAUCAGGAGAGAUCGCUUUCUGCACCCCGGAUAGACUCUAUAUAUUCAAACAAAAAUAAUGGAUGUCCUCAACGCUGAUGUAUGAUAUGUUUUAGUCAAUAAUGCACAUUUAAGCGCGUGCAUUCAGUGCCAAAUAAUGAACCAUGUGCGAGAAGUGUCAAUGGAAUCAUUCACCGCACCAUGGUCUGCAGGACCGAGUGUGGCGGCCAGUCGAGCACAGAUUUCAUGUUAGGUCCUCUACGCACAAAAAUGAGUGCAUUGUUUGUUUUAUACAUGCCCUCCCCCAUGUUACUGAGUUGCCCCAAAUUCUAGACAAUUCCAGAUCUCGCACUAUCCCGCACUCUGACGUCAGAGUGCAUGAUAGUGCAUUUAGUAUGGCGUCAGAGUGCAGGAUAGUACAUUUGGUAUGACGUCAGAGUGGGGCUAAGGGGG